AUGCCAUCGACGGGCGCCACGGAGGGUGCCCCUCUCGCCGACUACUUCUGGAUCGCUGGGGUGGAUGGGUCGGAGAUCUUGGAUACUUUCAAGCGACUCGGGGAGGACUAUCGCGCCAACGGUGCCACGUCUCCCGGACCGGCUUUCACGGACACGAUCCAGGAGGAUGCCGACGCAGAGGAGGAACACAUGCCGGACGCUGUGUCCCGGCCCAAUUCGAUGCUGUUCACUGGCGCCAGCCGACGCAACUCGUAUCAGCGACUCUCCACCGUAUCCAAGGACUCCGAAAAAACGAACGGGGCGAGCAGCAACCGCAGCAGUUUGACGGUCAAGGGGGCGUCGUCUCCGUUGCGGGCAUCUGCCAUGUUCUCCGACGACUUCGAUUUCGACCAAGCGUUGUUUAAGUUUGCUUCGGAGCGGGACACUUUCUUGACGGACUUGAGUCUGAGCGCCGGGGCUAUCACAUCCAACUCUCGCCCACGCUCUCGCGUUCGCACGCAGAAGAUUGUUAACGACGAGUCGCCUUCGCCGGGGUCCAACCUUCUCAGAUCGGGCAUUGGGAGCGUGCGCCGACACAUGGCGUUCCGGGAUAUGAAUAGUAUGAAGAGACAGCCGUCCGUUGCUCGUCAAGGUGAGAUUGGCCCCGAAUUGAUGUUGUUUCAACCUUGCCACCCCGAGGCGUUGUUGGAAGGUCUUGCUAACCGACGCCUGCGCUCAUCAGCUUCCGUGCGGACUUCGCGACGACUCAGUAACUAUAACUCGGUGAUUCCCGUUCCGCAACCGCUCGAGAUUUCUCCCACGAUGCACCCAUUGAAACGGCGGUUUGAGCCCGUUCUCCUCGACCGAUACCCCACUCGAGGCAUGGCGGACGAGAUGAAACAGCGCGGAAACUUCCCAGAUUACGUUCCGAUGUUCGCUUUCCCAAAUGAUAUCAACAUCGUAUCCUCGGACCAGCGACCGCGCUCUACCUGGCACGGAUUCGCCAUGACGACGGACAACGGCUCCAGACUUCAUGCCAUCUGCGUGAUUAUCUGGAUCCCACUCAACCCACAAGCGGCGGACGAGCUGGAGCAACGCUGUGAGGAAUGGCGGAAAGACAACAUGACCGAUGAGGAGCGCGAAUUAGCGGCGAGCUUGGGUGAAAGGUUGGCCUCUGAGCGGGCUAAGCUCUCUCAACUCUUGGCGAAGCUACCUACCGUUCCCUCGGGGUCUGACUCGCGUGAACAACUCGAAGAUGAGAUCAGCACCGUGGAGGAAAAGAUUGGGCUGAUGACCGACCUAUUGCGCCCCGUCCGCCACGGCGCAGCUUCGAAGAUCGAGGGGCUCACAGACGGCGACACUGGGUUUUGGAUUCCACGUGCGUACGGUAUUCUUGGUCGAGAGAGCACGAUGACAAGCUUCUGGAAGGAAUGGCUGAAGGCUAUCGUGGUUCCUAUGACCGAGGGGAGUGUGCAGCGUGUACCGCCCAGUUCUCCGCGGAUGGGAGUGUGGCAGCCACUCGAGCGAUAUGUUAUGAACCUGUGCACGGAAGCCUUCUGCCCGAUUUCCUCCAAGACCCAGGUUGAACUUGCCAUCCGAGAGUUGCGGCUAUUCGCUCGGAAAGAAGCCCCCAAUGAACUGCCGGGUUCUCGCAAUACCGAUCUUUAUGCCUUGUUCCGAACAUUGUCGGUCCCCAACAUCAUCAUUCUUUUCGAGUACGCAAUUACGGAGUCACGUAUCAUCUUUCUUUCUUCCCACACAUCCAUGCUCUACCUCGCAACGAGGGCCCUGGUGGAUCUCUUGUUCCCUAUCCCGUGGUCGGGUGUGUUGAUCCCGGUUCUUCCUGCCCGUCUGGUUCAAGCGAUUGAGGCGCCUUGUCCGUACAUCGUGGGCAUCGAGCGUCGGUAUGAGAAGGUGGAACUGCCCACGGACGACUUUGUUCUGGUGGAUCUGGACUCCGAUAUGAUUGAAAGCACCGUCCGUCCUACUCCGCUCCCGCGUCACCAACGCAGAAAGCUGUUGUCUCUUCUGCAGAUGGCUGCCCCUCAUCAUAGCCGCUGCGGAGUUCCAACUGGCCCUCCUGCCCAUGCAAUCGAAACAUAUCCGUGGGACUCCUUCGUGACAGAAAAUGCGGCCACCUUCUCUUCGAAAGCGCCCGCAACCAAUUUGGCCAAGUACGUCGGUCUCAAUUCCAGUGCUUUCGGUUCGACGGCUGUUGUCCCAGGCUCCUACCAGGCCCCAGUUUUCAACGUCUUUUCAUACGCCCGACAUGAGCAAACUCCUUCCCGUGGGUAUUCAUCUAGAGGGCACGACCGGCCUGGCACGAGCUCGACAUCGAGAGCCGGCGCGUCUCCUCCCUCCCCGAGAGAGAGCUCGCCCACCUCGGGUCACUUUCCCCCGCCUCCGCCUACUCCACCAUCGCGGAAUGACUCCGGAAUGGCGUUGCAGGCCUCACUGCGUGAAAAGCGCUCCGGUCAUUUCGACGCGGCAUCGCGAAGGAGUUCAUCAUUUGGGGUCACUCGCCGCCCCAGUGCGCCGUUCCUUGGCCAUGCGCCCAACUUGUCGGUGACAACCCUCAACACAGACCAUGGUGCUGGUUCCACUUAUGCGCCCUCCGUGUAUGCGCAAUCCACCAUCGCCGCCUCGACGAUCGUUCCCCAAGCUACGGUCCAGCCAGUCAACAACGCUGAGGGCACUUGCUGGGUCGAGGGACACUAUUUCCAAGUCCAGCCGUGGGAUGAGAAAUUGACCUGUGCUAUCUGUGAUGAACGGGCUGAGGAAGGAAUGUACAAGUGCUCUGCAUGCAAGUUGAUUGUACACAACCGUUGUGCGUCCCAGGUCUGUCUGGUGUGCGACGCAGCCUUCCAUCCAGACCAGAUCCGCGCUGCGUUCGUCAGGUGCUUUGCCAGCUUGCUUUAUACGUACAAGAAAUACCUCGUGCCAACCAACAGCGAGAAGAGAAAAGCGGGUCUGUACUACACCUUCAACAUGGAGGCGUUCUUGAAGAGUCUCCCGCAUGAACACGCCGAGUACGUUGCUAUUUUGCAGCAGACUCAAGGGUUCAACGAGUUCAUCAGUGAACGCGAGAGAACCAGUCCCAAGGCCAAGGACUCGAGGAUGGCGUUGUUCGAUGAGAUUGUUUUGUCGAAGCGUAACCGCGGCCGGACGUCGAUCUUCUCCGGUCGGUCGACCACCGACUUCCUGUCGGACACAUCCAACCAUCUCUGGCGAACUGCUAGCGCCUCAUUCUUUGCCCCGAGUAGUCGCAGUCAGCAAAAUUUGUCAGGCGAUUACAGCAGGGUAGUCACACGAGCACCGGCAAAACUCGACACCAGCCUGAUGAAAGAACCCCGCAUGAUCCAUGGUGCUCCGCGAGUCUCCAAGGCGGCCAAUAAUGCGCGUAGGAAACCGUUACCCAAGCUCAUGAACGGAUUGGCGAUUUCUCCGCCAAGCUAA